UUAUUGCGCAUGCGCCAGUCUUCUCACAGCGCGACAGGCAUCAUGGCGGACGUGCUAGAUCUUCACGAAGCGGGCGGCGAGGACUUUGCUAUGGAUGAAGAUGGCGACGAAAGUAUUCACAAACUGAAAGAAAAAGCCAAGAAGAGAAAGGGACGUGGAUUUGGAUCUGAUGAAGGUACGAGGUCCAGGGUUAGAGAAGAUUACGAUACGGUGGAGCAGGACGGCGAUGAGCCUGGACCACAAAGAUCUGUUGAGGGCUGGAUCCUGUUUGUGACCGGCGUUCACGAAGAGGCGACGGAAGAAGACAUCCACGACAAAUUCGCCGAGUUUGGCGAGAUCAAGAACCUGCACCUCAAUUUGGACAGACGGACGGGUUACCUCAAGGGCUACGCGUUGGUGGAAUAUGAAACGUAUAAAGAAGCGCAGGCUGCCAUGGAGGGACUGAACAGCCAGGAGCUCAUGGGUCAAGCCAUCAGUGUGGACUGGGGCUUUGUUCGAGGGCCUCCCAAGAGCAAGAGGAGGGGAGGAAGAAGACGGAGCAGGAGUCCAGACAGAAGACGGCGCUGAGUUGAAAUAAAAAAUCUCUCCCAGUUGACGUUCCUUCACCACGGCCGUGUAGAGGCUGUGCGGCUGCGUGACAUUCUCUACUGGCUUGUUUUAGAUUUUACUGCUUUUCUGUAUUUCCGUAUCUCGCAAGUACCCCAGCUACUGCUCGUGGAGUUUCCUCUGUGUACACACACACACACACAAAAUAUAUAGACAACAGCGUUUUUGCUCCACUGUAAGAAAAUGAUAUAAAUACGAGAUUUCGCCAAUGACAUCGCCGUGAAACGAUAUCAUGAGGAAUAAUUGGAAUAUUUCAAGGACAAAGUAAUAAUACUUUGACAAAAGACACUCCCCCCCCCCCCCCCCUCAAAAUUUUACAAGUAUUCUUGACACGUUGUAUUUGAGUUUGGGAUUUUUUUAAAACUUAAAACUUUACAGUGGGUCUAAAACGCUGUUGUGAAAGAUCUGAUAGGUCGGUUCUUCUCAUCUGUGAAGCGUUGUUCCGUGGAAGCUUUUUAUAGCUUGUACUUUUCAUACGGCUCUUCAGAAUAGAGCCGAGGAAACGUGUGGGUUUUAGACCGCGACACGUGAAGACGAUCGCAGCGGUGUUUGUAAUAUUAAAAUUCUUUUUCCUGUAUAGUGUUCCUUAGUUUUACAUUUUGUACAAAAAUUGAAGAAACCAAUCUUCUGAAACUAAUUCGGGUCGUGCCAUAUGUGGUAUGUGAGAACCCGAAUUCCUUUUUGAAGUUACCGGUUUGUUCACUUCCAAUAAAUUUGUUUGGGUUUGUGAGUUUG